AUGACACUCCGAGGCAAAGCUGGCGUAUAUGCCGGCGCUGCCAUCCUUCGACUCCUUCUAACCGUCGUCUUCCCCGGCCUGCCAGAUCUGUUGACAGGGCGCGUUGAGAUUUCCACCCCCGUCACGAGCUUCAAGCGAUUACAAGAGGGAUUGUUCCUGUAUAAUCAUAAUGUGUGGCCAUACGACGGCGGCGUCUACCACCAGGCACCACUUCUGUUGCCCUUGUUUUCGCUGGUUCCCGACGUGAAAGCCUGGCCGAUCUUCACGUCGCUCUUAUACAUAUUGGUCGACUUGUUGGGCGCGGAUGCUCUUUCGAGGAUUGCGGAUUCAGGCGAGGCUGGUCAAUCGAGGCUGUUUACGUCGCCGCGGAGGGGGAAGAGAGCAUCUGGGCUGGCCGUUGCAGCAGCAUUCCUCUUCAACCCCUUCACAAUAGCCACAUGCAUCGGCCGAUCCACCAGCGUCUUCACAACAUGCGCCAUCCUCCACGCCGUAUCCAAAGCCAUCCAAGGGUCCGCGUUCAACGCCAUGGUCGCCCUAUCCUUCGCCUCCUACCUAUCCAUGUAUCCGAUCCUGCUCCUCCCGCCGCUCAUCCUCCUCUCCUUCGACCGGCAGCCCGAGAAGCGCCGCGCCGCCAGCGUCGCCACCUUUGCCGCGAAAUGCAUCGCCAUCACCACCAUCUGCCUCGGCCUCCUCCUCGGCAUGUCCUUCGCCCUGACCGGCAACUCGUGGGACUUCCUCUCCCGCACGUACGGCAUCCAACUCACGCUGUCUGACCUGACGCCCAACGUCGGUCUAUGGUGGUACUUCUUCAUCGAAAUGUUCGACUCGUUCCGCGCCUUCUUCCUCGCCGUCUUCUGGCUACACCUGACCGCAUACGUGGGCGGCUUGUCCAUCCGCAUCCGAACACAGCCUCUUGCCGUGCUGACUAUUCUCCUCGGCGUGUUUUCCAUAUUUAAGCCGUACCCGUCUGUCGCGGAUGCGAGUCUGUUCCUCGCCGUGCUCCCGCUGUUUUGGCACGUUUUCCCCCUCAUGAGGUAUACGUAUGUGGCGUCCGCUACGCUUUUGUACGCGACGUUCUUGGGGCCCGCGUUUUAUCACCUUUGGAUCUAUGCCGGUAGCGGGAAUGCCAACUUCUUCUACGCUAUUACGCUGGUGUGGAGUUUGGGGCAGAGCUUGUUGGUGACGGAUUUGACGUUUGCUGUGUUGAGAGAUGAGUGGGAGGUUGAGCGGCCAGAGAUGAUUGGUAAGGAGGUGAAGCAAAUUUAG